AUGUCUCCCACAAGACCAAGCCUACCAAGGCUCAUCACCGACUUCUCCCACGACUCACCAGACCAACUCAUAGAAGCAAUAGCCUCAACACUGUCAAUAUCCCUCGAAGACAUUCUUCUCUUUGAUUCAUUCACCGAACUAGGCGGCGAUGAAGAAGCAGCAGAACUCAGGUUUCGAUAUCAAAAGCGACGACAUAAUGGCGUGCCAAACACUAGCCGAGCUUCAGACAAGAUGCACCCCGAAAUCCAACGUCAGGUCAAACUCGGUAGAGUCUUAUUCCUCGUCUUCGUCCAGCGCAAGUGCUAG